AGCCACCCUUAUAUUUACACACCAUCUCUGAGCUUCGGCUGCUCUGCCUCCUCUACCAACCAACCCAAGCCUUCACCAAUGGCGUCGGAGAAGAAGCUCGCGAACCCCAUGAGGGAAAUCAAGGUCCAGAAGCUCGUCCUCAACAUCUCCGUCGGCGAGAGCGGCGAUCGCCUCACCAGGGCCGCCAAGGUCUUGGAGCAACUCAGCGGCCAGACCCCUGUUUUCUCCAAAGCGCGGUACACUGUGAGGUCUUUCGGGAUCAGGCGUAACGAGAAGAUUGCGUGCUAUGUGACUGUUAGGGGAGAUAAGGCAAUGCAACUGUUGGAGAGUGGGUUGAAGGUCAAGGAGUAUGAGCUUUUGCGUAAGAACUUCAGUGACACUGGAUGCUUUGGAUUUGGUAUCCAGGAGCAUAUCGAUCUUGGAAUUAAGUAUGACCCUUCCACCGGUAUCUACGGUAUGGACUUCUUUGUUGUUCUUGAGCGCCCAGGGUACCGUGUUGGCCGUCGUCGCAGAUGCAAGGCCCGCGUUGGAAUUCAGCACAGAGUUACAAAGGAUGAUGCAAUGAAGUGGUUCCAAGUGAAAUAUGAGGGAGUCAUCCUUAACAAGUCCCAAGCAAUUGUUUAGGCAGAUCCCGUAAUCUUGGAGAUAUUUUGUUUUGGUUUUGGCAAGCUGUUACUUUCUUCCAGUUUCAGUGUAUCAGACGUUAUUUCCUUUUCUUUAAGACUAUGUAAGAGUAUUUUUGAUCUUAAGAACUUGGUGACCUUGCGUGUUUCAACUGUUGUGACAUACGAGGAAGCAGAUAAUAUUUAUCUUAGUUUCAUUUU